ACUUGAACGCACCAUGUUCUAGCAACGCCCCCCCCCCCCCAUGACGUCAAAGCAGCAGAAAACAAUUAACUUUUAAUGGGAAUAACAAAAAUACAACACCAACCUACACAUUAGCAGCAGUAUCACUAAGCACAUCACAGCAGGAAUUUCUAGCCAGGUCUGCGUCAUCACCUGUUUCUCUCCGUUUACGCGCACAAUGAAUCCCCGCCCACCAAACACCAUUGGUUGCUGUAGGGAACAGCUGUUACUGCUGCAUUGUGAUUGGUGGAUUCUCGCUAAGCCAUGACGUUAUGCUCUGUACUGCACACCGGGAGAGAGAGAUAGAGAGAGAGAGAGAGAGAGCGAGAGCGAGAGAGAGACGUAAUGGAGUAAUUCCGCUACAACGCUCGUCAUUUUUAUAAAAAUUUCACCAAUUCCGCAGCGUGGAGUUGCAAUGAGGGCCUCUAUGUGGGCUUCGUGUUGUGGAUUAUUGAACGAUCUGAUCGGUUCGGGGGCGGUUCGAAGCCAUCAGGCUGGGUUUGGGGGCGGAGCCGGGCCAUUCAGAUUUGCUCCUGGCGCUGGCUACUCUGCCUACCCUUCAACGAGCACCACUCAAUCACCGUCUAUCCCCGCCCCCUCAAAUGGAGCAGCGUGCAAAGCCUGUGGUCUCGCCUUCUCCGUCUUCAGAAGAAAGCACGUGUGUUCAGACUGUGGGCGGAGCUUCUGUGCACUCUGUAGUGUGCUGCAGGAGAACCUGCGACGCUGCUGCGUGUGCCACGCCCUGUGGGCGACAGCGUUCGAGCGGGCACGCCUCAUGCGAUUGCGGGUGCGUGAUCUGCGCCGCUACCUCACACUGCGUGACAUUAGCACGGAUGCAUGCACUGAGAAGGAGGAACUCGUCGAGCUUGUACUGCAACAUAUGGGGGUAGAUCUUCAGGAGGAGGAGGAGGAGGAGGAGAUUGAGGAGGAAAACACUGAAGCCCUGCCCUCUGCUUUAGCCCUGCCCGAUGAUGCUGCACCCACCACCCCCCAGCAACCUGCACUGUCUGUCUCCGCCCCUCAGGAAGAAACACACAACACUAAUAACAGCUCAGGAACCAGCCAAGUACACACACACACACACACACACACACACACACACACACACACAUCCCUUCUGUCUGAUAAUGGUAUCGAUGUUAAUGAUGAUAAUGAUUUGUGUGUUGACGAUCAGGAUUGUGGAGACGUUGCCUCUGUGUCUCUCCUCCCCCUGGAGAACAAUGAACGUUUACUAGAGUCCAGCCCAGUGACUCAGAGGAGGGCUCGAGCCUCUAUCUCUGAUCUCUCCAGCGAGGAUGAAAUCGAGUUGUUAACCGUUCGGCAGCUGAAGGAAAUUCUGGCCAGGAACUUUGUGAAUUUUUCCGGCUGCUGUGAGAAGUGGGAGCUGGUGGAGCGUGUGCAGCGUUUAUACAGAGAGCACCAACACAACCGUACCUCCUUGGAAAACAUGAGCAACAGCAUCACUGCAGGUGUGGCUCCUCUCGGUACGGUGGAUGAAAACAUGUGCCGUAUCUGCAUGGACGCUGUGAUCGACUGUGUCCUGCUCGAGUGUGGUCACAUGAUCACCUGCACCCGGUGUGGCAAGAAAAUGAACGAGUGUCCCAUCUGCAGGCAGUACGUGGUUCGAGCUGUACAUGUCUUUAAGUCCUAAACACACAAACACACACAUGCACACUGACAGCCUUCAUCGUCCUGAACUGAAUCAGCUUCUGAAAUCAUAGAAGGUUACAUCGGCUACAUCCCAAAUUGCUCCACAAGGGGACAAGUGUCAGACUGGUUAGGGUCUGAAUUUGAACACGGAGGCUCUGUUUAAUUAGUGUUUUCAAAUGCGCUCUUGUUGAUUUCUCCUAAUGACUCCUAAUGGGUGUGUAGGACCUAUGUCACACGAGUGUGUACUCACAGCACAGUGGAGAAAGUGUGUUAAUGGGGCAGAUUCUAGCUACCCUGUUUAUUAUCUAGUGUGCUACUGUAUGUACCUAGCAUACAAAAUAGCUAGCACUGUAAGUAGCAAUUCCAUCAGCUGUCAUGUACAGAUGGAGACAAUCAAAUGUUUGAGAUGUGAAACGUUAAGCUCGUUUUUUCGCUUAUAAACAGCUUUAUUUUGAAAAGGCAACCGCGAACAAGUUCAGCAAUGCCUUCUGGCUAAAAAUCCUGAAGUCUACAGUGACACUGACUCGACUCCACACCUAACGCCGAUUUACUGGCCAAUAACACUAGUCAAUAACACUAGGGGAAGAGAAGUGGACAAGGGCGCAUUAAAAACAGUAUUGGAAUGCAGCACACUUAGUCUUUCCAUGUGUACAGUGUGUGUGUGUUAAGUGUGUGUUGGUGCGUGUAGAAGGUAUAAGAUGAAAAAGUGAUGCGUGAAGAAGGUCCUCCUUGCUGUAGCAGACCUGAAGCCAGCAGUGAUUAGAGGUGCCAAAUGUACUCAACGUUACUGAUUGAUUUAUUGUGCUUUAAUACAGUGUUUAUCAACUGUGUUUAUUAUUAAACCCCUACAGCAAAGUACAUAUUAGCAUAUUAGAGUCACUCCAUGAAAACUGCAGCCAAUCUGUGUGCUAUGAAGGUACAAUUCCAGGAAUUUUGAAGAACAAUCCCAUCCUUAAAAGAUAACAUCUCCACUCAAACAUGAGUUAUGAGGCAUCACAAUCACUGCACUGCGCAUGUAACAAGGACAUGAAGAUAACAAUGAAAUUUAUCAGUAUAAAUUUUAUUUAAAAAAAAAAAAAAACAGGACAACAUUUGACAAGUCAAUAAAUAGCAUUAAGAGAAGUUUGAAAACAGUAAAAAAAAAUCUGAAGAUCUGUUAACUUGAAUAUUUCAAGCUAACACUUUAGUCUAUUUUUGAUCCAAUCAAAAAGAAGGAUUCAGAACACCGAAGUCGAGAUUUUCUUGGGUAGAGCGCAUCAACAGGAAGUUAAGGUAAGACCAUAUCAGGUAUUUGAGUUUUUAUGAUAAUGCAGUUGCAAUAUAUAUUAAUUGAGUGACUUCACUAAACCCUGAACGAAAUGUUGCGAGGGUAAAAAGGUGUAACUUGCCUGGAAAAACAUCAUCACAGAUCGUCAAAACACUUACGAUCCGUAAGUACUCUCGGGUGAUACACAUCAUGCCUGAAUAUGGGGUCUGAUGGGAAAUUUGAAGCUUGGGAAUAAGACUUCGGCUGUUUCCAGAGUAACAUACCCGAAACAGGACACGAUAAAUCUACAAACGUUUUAAAAUACUGAUUUGAUCUAUAAUCUUAAAUUCUGGUCAUUUUACUCUGUUUUUUCAAAUACCAUAAAUUGUGCUUGACUGACUGACAGAGAAAUAUUGUUGUUACUAAUGGAAACCUUGUGUUUAUUAAAACAGUUUGAACAUAACCCAUGCAGACACCAACGGUUAUAUUCGCCACCACGUUUAAAAGACCUCGCACCCAAAACGGGCUGCGACCCUUCACAUAGAUAGCUAUUACAUAGCCUCUGUAUUAAAAUAGGAAGACUUUAUUUCAGGAAAGGGUAGGAAUUAAAGCAAAAAAUAAUUAUUAGAUAAGGUAAAGAAUGUCACAAUUUCUAACACUAAUUAAUGAGGAGAAUUUAGAAAGAUAUUGUGUUUUUACAGUAGUUAGGUACAGGAUGACAUUGAAAUUAUCUCAUGUAUAUCUCAAGGUGUAACACCUUACAUUAAUAAUGAUAUUCAGCAAUAUUCUACUCAAUGUUACGUUUUAUUAGCAAUGAUUUAUAUACAUUUGAAUGGCUGCAGUUUUCAUGGAGUGACCCUUUAGCUAAGUACUAAAUAAAUUCAUUUCUAAAAUGCAACACCAGACACUGACUGGAAGUUUACCAACAAUAUUUAUCUUUUUAUUCCUGAAUUAACUAUACAUUAAAAACAUAUUUGGAUACGUGGCAUCCUUCCUCCCAAAGAGCCAUUGAGGUUAGUAUUUAGGUUUCGGAGUUAAUGUUUAGCUACAGCAGUUUAAACCACUAAAAUGUUUUGUUUUGUAUGGUAGCGUCACCUUAUUUUAUUUAAUAUUAUUAUUAUUAUUAUUAUAAUUUUAUUACAACUUUAUUUAACAAUUGAUAGUAGAUAGCUACUAUCUUUAGCAGCUCCACUAACACUUUUUGAUGUGACACUAUUUUGUGGUGGUGCCAGCUAACUAUUUAUUUCGCUAACAUACUUCACUUCAUUAUUAUUGUUACAAGGCUAGCUCUAUUUCAUACCUUAUUUUGGGACACUAUUAGCUAGCUAGCUAUUUAUGAUUAGCUAACCUAGUCCUAUGACAACCUCUGCUGUAAUGCUCACCAGCCAGAUAGAUUUAAUAUUUUAAAGUAUUAAACAAAAUAUUUUUAGACUUAUUAAAUUAGCUAGCUAUUUUGGUAAUGAUUUGGCUGUUUAUGUUUAGCUAGUUAAGCUACUUUUAGCCCCAUGGUGUAUCGCUAGCUAGCCUUUUCUGUUUGAUCCGAACUAUCUAUUUUUCCUUUUAUUAAUCUUUCACCAUGAAUUUGAGGAUUAUUUAUUUUGUCACAGUAUUUUGUUUUCAUAUGAAUCUUACACAUACCCACAGUUAUAGCUGUGUAUCUGCACAGACAUUGUGAAAUUUAAUAAAUUCAGAUUUUGAUGGGUAAUGUUUAGCUACUUCAGUUUAACUGCAGUUUAACUUUAAACUGCUUAAAGUGUGUGUGUGUGUGUGUGUGUGUGUGUGUGUGUGUGUGAGAGAGAGAGAGAGAGAGCGUAAUGCCUCCUUGUUUUAUUUAAUAUUAUUUGUUUUAUUAUAAUUUUAUUAAUAAUUGGUAGUUAGCUGCUAUGUUUAGCGACUCCACUGACAACCACUUGGUGUAACAUGAUUUUAUGGAGGUAUUAGUUAACGGUCUAUGCUUUGCUAACAUACGUCACUGGCACAUGACUUCAAUACUUUAUCAUGUGGCACUGUUAGCUAGCUACUUUUGUUUUGUUAGGCUAACAUGUUCCUGACAGCCCCGUCUGGUAUACGAACAAGGUCACGUAUAAGGCUAGCUAUCUUUUCUGUUUGAUCCCAACUAGCUAUUUUUCUUUUUCUUACUCUUUCAACAUGAAUUUUAUGUAUUUAGCCAGAGUAUUUAGUUUUUACAUGAAUCUGGCACAUAUACACAGUUAUAGCUGACCUGUGUAUCUGCAAAGACAUGAUAAAAUUUGAUAAAUUCUCCAGGUUGUCAAUUGCUUUUCCAUAAACAGUAACUGAAAUAGAGUUAUGUGCAUCACUGUAGAUUGCACCAAAACCAUGCCCUACUUCCCACUCCCUACUCACUAUUCCCUACUCCUUACUCACUAUUCCCCACUCCCUACUCAAUAUUCCCUACUCCUUACUCACUAUUCCCCACUCCCUACUCAAUAUUCCCUACUCCCUACUUCUUACUCAAUAUUCCCUGCUCCUUACUCACUAUUCCCCACUCCCUACUUCUUACUCAAUAUUCCCCACUCCUUACUCACUAUUCCCCACUCCCUACUUCUUACUCAAUAUUCCCCACUCAAUAUUCCCUACUCCCCACUCCCUACACAAUAUUCCCUACUCCCCACUCCCUACUCAAUAUUCCCUACUCCUUACUUACUAUUCCCCACUCCCUACUCAAUAUUCCCUACUCCUUACUUCUUACUCAAUAUUCCCUGCUCCUUACUCACUAUUCCCCACUCCCUACUUCUUACUCACUAUUCCCCACUCAAUAUUCCCUACUCCCCACUCCCUACACAAUAUUCCCUACUCCCCACUCCCUACUCAAUAUUCCCUACUCCUUACUUACUAUUCCCCACUCCCUACUCAAUAUUCCCUACUCCUUACUCACUAUUCCCCACUCCCUACUCACUAUUCCCUACGUCUUGCUCACUAUUCCCCACUCCCUACUCACUAUUCCCUACGUCUUGCUCACUAUUCCCCACUCCCUACUCACUAUUCCCUACGUCUUGCUCACUAUUCCCCACUCCCUACUCAAUAUUCCCUACUCCUUACUCACUAUUCCCCACUCAAUAUUCCCUACUCCCCACUCCCUACUCAAUAUUCCCUACUCCUUACUUACUAUUCCCCACUCCCUACUCAAUAUUCCCUACUCCUUAUUCACUAUUCCCUACUUCUUACUCACUAUUCCCCACUCCCUACUCAAUAUUCCCUACUCCUUACUCACUAUUCCCUACUUCUUACUCACUAUUCCCCACUCCCUUCUCAAAAUUCCCUACUCCCUAUUCCCUACUUCUUACUCAAUUUUCCCUACUCAAUAUUCCCCACUCCCUACUCAAUAUUCCCUACUCCUUACUCACUAUUCCCUACUUCUUACUCACUAUUCCCCACUCCCUUCUCAAAAUUCCCUACUCCCUAUUCCCUACUUCUUACUCAAUUUUCCCUACUCAAUAUUCCCUACUCCUUACUCACUAUUCCCCACUCCCUUCUCAAAAUUCCCUACUCCCUAUUCCCUACUUCUUACUCAAUUUUCCCGACUCAAUAUUCCCUACUCCCCACUCCCUACUCAAUAUUCCCUACUCCUUACUUACUAUUCCCCACUCCCUACUCAAUAUUCCCUACUCCUUACUCACUAUUCCCCACUCAGUAUUCCCUACUCCUAACUUACUAUUCCCCACUCCCUACUCAAUAUUCUCUACUCCUUACUCACUAUUCCCCACUCCCUUCUCAAAAUUCCCUACUCCCUACUCACUAUUCCCUACUCCUUACUCACUAUUCCCCACUCCCUACUCAAAAUUCCCUACUCACUAUUCCCCACUCCUUACUCACUAUUCCUUACUUACUCUUCCCUACGCCAUACUCACUGUUUUCUACUCACUAUUCCUUACUCUACAGUAUUCCCAGCUCACUAUUUCCUAAUUGCUAUUCCUUAUUUACUCUUCCCUACUCACUGUUCCCUAUUCCCCACUGACUAUUCCUUACUUACUCUUCAUUACAACUUACUCAUUUUUUCCUACUCACCAUUACUUACUUACUCUUCCCUGCUCACUAUUCCCUACUACUAUUCCUUACUUACUCUUCCCUACUCCCUAUUCCUUACUUACUCUGCCCUACUCCCUACUUACUCUUCCCUACUCCCUAUUCCUUACUUACUCUGCCCUACUCCCUACUUACUCUUCCCUACUCCCUAUUCCUUACUCACUAAUCCCUACUCACCAUUCCUUACUUGCUCUUCCAUACUCACUAUUCCUUAAUAUUCCUUAUUUACUCUUCCCUACUCGUUACUCCAUUCCCUACUACUAUUCUUUACAUACUCUUCCCUACUCACUACUCCUUACUCAAUUUCCUAUUCCCUACAAGUGGCAAAGUGCAUUAUAUGUAUUAUGUACCAGGGACUUGAUUGACAGUGUUGAUUUGUAUCUGUCUAGAGAGUUGAGUAGAUUUUUUUUUUCAACGUUUAAUUGAACCCAUUUAGGCAAAGCCAGGAGAAAAAACCCAGCUGACAAGUAAUUUAUCAUUUAUAAUAAUUUAAGAUUCUGCCACGAAUAUUAUGGAUAAACCAUUUUGUCUUAAUCGGUAAAAUCGUAACACACUAUUACAUGGAUAGAAAAGAGAUAUAUACAAAUGUACACACUGUUGCCUGUACAAUAGAUGAUUUUUGGAUAAGAAUAUGAAAAUAGGAUUACAGUUUGAAUUAUUUGUGAGGACUUGAAUGUCUCUUUUAUUGUAUGUGGGUUUAAUGUGCAAUUUCUAAAAGGUGUCACUUGUAGGAGCGGAGCAGACGACACUCACUAUAGAUCUACUGUAUGUAAGAAAUGAAACACUUUUGAGGGUUGUUAUAUUUUGAAACUUUUUAUUUUGUUAAUAUUAAAGAUGAUUUAAUAAAAUACAGAA